UUGAGGCUACUGAUUAGCGUCGCCAAGCUUUGCCCUCAGCUAAAAUGGCGGCUUCAGUUGCUAAUUUACGUGAAGUCGGCGGGCCACCAGGAAGGCUUUCCGCGGCCGCAGGGCAAGUCGGGAAAUAAUUUUAAACUGUGGAAGGCGAGUUGUGUAUGGAGUUGCGCCUUUGGGAACGGAGGCUUCAAGUCUGUCUUUGAUCGCAGGAGAGCUCCGGAGAAGGGGUUUGGGGACGCCUUGUCUUUCGUGGGCAGACGCCAGCUUCUGAGGAGUGAGGGUCGCAGAGCCGGGCCGCCAGGGAAGCGGAACUGUCUCUCCCGGGCUGAAGUCGCAGGCGUUGCCGGUGUCCGUGGGAGCCCUGGUUCCCUCGCUGGGCUCCUGAACUCUUUUCUGAACUCAUCUGGGAUUGCUUCAGUCUUUCUAAGCAGUCAUUUUGGCCGCUGUCUUUUUUUCUUAAGAAAACCUUUCGUCUCGACGUAGUCUUGAGCCAGACUGGAAGAAUGAUUCGUGAAUCCGGAAAGGAUGACAGCAUCCUUACGACAUAUUUUUGACCAUGGAUUCUUAUGAUUCGCGAGGAUCGACUUCUAAACAAAGUACCUCAGAUCUUAAAGACUACUUUGUAGGUGCCACCCCUCUGCAGAAACGGCUGGAAUCGGUCAGAAGGCAGAGUUCAUUUUUUCCCAGUCCAUCUCGAAGGAAAAUUCCCCAGUGUUCACAGUUGCAGGAAGAUAUCGAUCCUCAGAAGGUUGCAUUUCUCCUGCACAAACAGUGGACUGUAUAUAGUUUAACUCCCCUGUAUAAAUUCUCCUAUACUAAUCUCAAAGAGUACUCUAGACUUCUCAGUGCAUUUGUUGUUGCCGAAAAGCAAAAAGGACUCGCUGUGGAAGUGGGAGAAGACUUCAACAUCAAAGUGAGCUUCUCCACUCUGCUUGGAGUGAGGGGAACGCAAAGGGACCCUAAAGCCUUUCUUGUGCAGAUUCUCUCAAAAUCUCAGUCAUCACGUGAGCACAGAGAAGGUAAAGUGUUGUGGACUGGUUGGUUCUGUUGUGUAUUUGGAGACAGUCUCCUGGAGACCGUCUCAGAAGACUUCACCUGCCUACCCUUGUUCCUUGCAAAUGGAGCAGAGUCUAAUACAUCCUUAAUCGGAAGCUGGUUUCAGAAAACCUUUGACUGUUGCUUCAGUCCUUUAACAAUCAGUGCGUUUAAUCUUUCCUGGAUGGCUGCUAUGUGGACUGCAUGCAAAAUGGACCAUUACGUGGCAACUACUGAAUUUUUUUGGUCUGUGCCCUGUAGCCCUCAAAGACUGGAUAUUUCUUAUGCAAUCCAUCCAGAGGAUGCAAAAGCUUUAUGGGACAGUGUCCACAAAACACCUGGGGAGGUCACCCAGGACGAAGUUGACUUAUUUAUGGACUGCCUUUGUUCACAUUUCCAUAGACAUUUUAAAAUUCACUUAUCAGCCACAAGAUUGGUUCGUGUCUCAACAUCUGUAGCUUCAGCACAUACUGAUGGGAAAAUAAAGAUUCUGUGUCAUAAAUACCUUAUUGGUGUGUUGGCAUAUAUGACAGAACUGGCAAUUUUUCAAAUUGAGUGAAUUCUUGUAUGGACUAUAAAUGAAACAUUACAAGCCCUUUUGAUUAUUUGCUGAGUUGCUAUGCCAAGUGGGACAGUGCAAGAACCAUAGCACCUGUUUCUCAUGGUGCCUUUGGAGUUGCCCAGUGGAUCUACAACACAGUGUGGUAGUGGGUGAGCCGCAUUCACGUGCUUGUAUGCCUAUCGUAUCGCCGUGGUUAUGUUAUAUGUAAUGUUUUAAAAGAUGCUGAAUUGUUAAUAUAAACCUAUCUAACUUAGUCAAAUAAACUUAUCUAAA